GGAUAACAGCGCGUGUACCGAGAGCGCGAGACCAGAGCCAAAAGAAACCCCGCGUCUCCAGGACGACCGGACCAUCAUCCUCUCGUUCGGCCCGGCUGCACCGGGACCGCGUUAAAUAUCCGGUGCAUCAUUCCAUCAUUCAGCUCCGGUAUGGAGUAACGGGUGCGCGCGUUCAUUCGGCUGCGCGCGGCGGAGCGUCUGUUUAUCGUUGACAUGCCGCAGAUGUCGUAAGAGGAAGCCUCGGCGUUUAUUCGAAAGCUCGGGAUUGUUUUUGUUCUGCGUGGAUUAAACUCGCGUCCGGGAUGGGGAAGGAGCAGGAGCUGCUGGAAGCGGCGCGGACCGGGAACGUGGGGCUGGUGGAGAAGCUCUUGAGUGGGAAGAAAGGAUUGCUCGGAUCGGGUUCCGGCUCCAUACCUCUGCCCGGGUUACUCAGUAUGUGGAGAGGACUCAAUGUGAAUUGUGCAGACAGCUCUGGAUACACACCUCUGCACCACGCCUCUCUGAAUGGACACAGGGACGUUGUGUUGAAAUUGUUGCAGUUUGAAGCCUCUACUAAUGUGCCUGACAGCAAGGGCUGUUUUCCUCUGCAUCUGGCAGCGUGGAGAGGCGACGUGGACAUUGUCCAGAUCCUUAUUCACCAUGGACCAUCCCACAGCAGGGUUAAUGAGCAGAACCACGAGAAGGAGACGGCCCUGCAUUGCGGGGCUCAGUACGGCCACUCCGAAGUGGUCCGCGUAUUACUGCAGGAGCUGACGGAUCCCAGCAUGAGGAAUAGCCGAGGGGAGACGCCACUGGACCUGGCCGCUUUAUACGGCCGUUUGCAAGUGGUCCGCAUGCUGUUGAGCGCCCACCCUAACCUCAUGAGCUGCAACACGCGCAAACACACGCCUCUCCACCUGGCUGCGAGAAAUGGCCAUCACACUACCGUUGAGGUGCUGUUGGAGGCCGGAAUGGACGUGAACACGCAGACGGAGAAAGGCAGUGCGCUUCAUGAAGCCGCUCUCUUUGGAAAGAUGGAUGUAGUUCAGCUCCUGCUUGAAUCGGGAAUUGAUACCAAUAUAAGAGAUUGCCAGGGCCGAACUGCUUUAGAGAUACUGAGAGAGCAUCCAUCUCAGAAAUCACAACAGAUUGUUUCUCUUAUACAAGAUUAUACGAUAUCAGAUUAUGACAAAGGGGAUUUUCAAGAAGAGCUAUUACAUCAACGUCCAGUACCAACACCGCGCACGUCUGUGCCCUCACCUGUGCCCUCUCCAUCUCUGAGACAUAAAAAUGAUGCAGUAACAGGGGAAUUGUCCAAGUUGCUAAAUGAAAUAAAGGUUUGUCGUGAUAAGGAUUGCUCUUUUGAGGAACUUUGUCAAACUAUAUCUUCUCACUCUCAAUCCAUGGAGAGCUUCGGCAGUGGGCGUCUGUCCGACGAAGAUAGGAACGGCACCCUCACUCGAAUUAACAAGCGGCCCACUCCUCCGUUGCCCCCGGCGAUGGAAGAAGAGGAAAAGAGCUGUGGUCCAUCAGGCCUCUGGGAGGCGCUCACUCCCUGCAAUGGCUGCAGAAACCUGGGCUUUUCUCAGGACAAGCGAUGUGGUGAAAUCGUUCAUUCUCCAUCACUGGAUGUCUUUUUACCGGUGGAUGAGGACAACCCUUACGAGUCAGUGGCCACAGCUGUCACACGCAAACCCUGCUCUCUGGACAUCCACCUUCACAACUCCUGUUCUCGCAAUGGCCACUUCUCGCAUGUGUCGGCCAGUGAUGCAGAGCGAGGUAUCCAUGGCGACGACUCGACGGGCCUGACUCCUGACUGCUCGCCUCCUUCACCUGAUACGGCCUUGAGGAACAUCGAGAGAGUCAUCCGCCCCCAGCCAAAGCAACGGACCUCACUGUCCUCUUCACAGGACGUACAGAAACCAGUGCAGAACCACAGCGGUGAUCCCUCUGAGGUCAGUUCAUCACUCGGUUAUGCAAGCUUCAGCAACAGCCCACCCGGCAGCCCCCCCAUCAGCCCCGCAAACUGCUCAACAGGGUCAGCCGAAGACUACGGCCUUAGUGAUGAGGCAACACACCAGAAGGAGUGCAUAGAAAAAGACGAACGAAGAAACAGCCACGUUCCAGAGCAGUUUGCCGGACUCCUUCACGGCUCCUCUCCUGCCUGCGAAUCUCCGGACAACCCCUACCAGCUUUACAGCAGUGUCAGGAAAUUCAGCGUUCCCGAGCCCCCCGUCCGACACGGGAAUCUGCUCCGAGCGCCAGAGUACCCACCCCCCUUCCCUAGAACAGGCAGCGAGGCGUCUGCGCUUAAAACCCAGAGGGAACCCAAACCGCAGAUAGUCUACAGGACUGUUUUUCACACCCGGGUCAACCAGACUCCAGUGACACCAAACGAACAGGACAAGCACGCGAGGAACGGGGAGGCCCAGAACAACAGCACAGGAGGCUCGAGCCCAGCCACCAACGCCACAGGCUACGAGGAAAGAGCCUGCACUUUAGGGAGGAUGCGCUCCAUCCCAAAAAACGUCUUGGACCUUCAGCUGUCCAGGAAUUUCUCCAAAUCAGACUCUAACCUUGUAGCCGUCUCUCCUAUUGAGGAGGAGCAGUGGAGUUCACGAGGACAGAACAGCCCAGAAAGACUGGAACGAACUCCCUCCUUUACGGCGGAGUGGGAGGAGAUUGACAAGAUCAUGAGCUCCAUAGGUGCUGGAAUUGGCACAGAGCUUGAGGAAGUUACAGGGGAUCAAGAUACAGGUCCCCGUUGCCCCGUCCAAUCUGUGGGACAGUGGCUGGACAACAUCGGCCUGGUGCAGUAUGAAAACCACCUGCUGUCUAACGGCUUCGACAAUGUUCAGUUCAUGGGCAGUAAUGUUGUGGAGGACCAAGACCUGCUGGAGAUCGGGAUUUUAAACUCUGCUCACAGACAGCGGCUCCUGCAGGCUAUUCGUCUGCUGCCCAGGGUGCGACCCAUUGGUUAUGAUGGAAAUAACCCCACCUCGGUGGCAGAAUGGCUGGAGUCUUUGGAGCUGGGAGAUUACACCAAAUCUUUUCUCAUUAAUGGCUACACCUCCAUGGAGCUUGUCAAGAAGAUCUGGGAGAUCGAGCUCAUCAAUGUUCUUAAGAUUAAUUUGAUCGGCCACAGAAAAAGAAUCCUCGCCUCUCUUGGAGAUCGAUUGCACGAAGACCCUCCGCAAAAACCACCACGGGCUAUCUCUCUAAGGGAGCCCACUGGGAACCACACUCCCCCUCAGCUGUCCCCGUCUCUGAAUCAGGCAUACCCCAACGCCGGAUCACUGGACGUCCAACACCUCAUCAUGCAGGCUGACGCCAGACGCAGACGCAAUGACAACUACUUUGAGGACGUGCCGCGCUCCAAACUAGAAAGGCAGAUGGCACAAGUCAGUAUGCAAGGGGAAUGGUGCGAGCCAAUCACGUUACGGCCUCCGAACGAGGCGACGUCAUCUACACCUGUGCAGUACUGGCAGCACCAUCCUGAGAAGCUUAUAUUCCAGUCUUGUGACUAUGAAGCAUAUUAUUUGGGGUCUAUGUUGGUGAAGGAGCUGCGGGGUACUGAGUCCACACAUGAUGCCUGCGCAAAAAUGAGGAAGUCUACAGAACAAAUGAAGAAGAUCCCCACCAUAGUACUGUCUGUGUCCUAUAAGGGCGUGAAGUUUAUUGAUGCCACAAACAAGAAUAUUAUAGCGGAGCAUGAAAUCAGAAAUAUCUCGUGUGCAGCACAGGACCCAGAAGACCUCUCUACGUUUGCAUACAUCACCAAGGACUUAAAAUCCAGCCAUCAUUACUGCCAUGUCUUUACAGCUUUUGAUGUGAAUCUAGCCUAUGAGAUUAUCCUGACGUUGGGCCAAGCAUUUGAGGUGGCGUAUCAGUUGGCCCUGCAGGCCAGAAAGAGUGGCCACGGGUCCUCGACUCUACCUGAGAGCUUCGACAGUAAACCCUCCAAACCCGUCCCUAAACCUCGCGUCAACAUACGCAAGUCUAUGGAGCAGCCCUCAAUGGAUCAAAAGGGCCACGCCAACGUCCCCUGGAUAGUCGAACCAGGACAGGAAGCCAAAAGAGGAGCCAACACCAAGUAUGAGACCACUAUUUUCUAAUAUACACCCAAUAUACUGUCCACUCCUGUGUGUGUGCCUUACAGAGAGCGCCCUCUAGAGGCCCCCACGGAGCCACGGGCCCAGUGACCUGUGACAAGCCCGCGUCUCUCCGCCCGGCCCAGCCCGCCCGUUUACCGUGGCCUCUGCAUGAUGACGCUGCCGCUGUCUUUUAUCUUUCCCCCUCUCUCUCUUUAUGUCACUCACUCCGGCCGCAGCACGAUACGGGACUGUCCCGCUCAGGCCGGCAUGCUGCCAAUCAAUCUCUCCUCCAAAACACACACAAAAAAAGUGUUGCAAACGGUUGUUUUUCAUUCAAUUUUCCCCACCCUUCCCUGUUUUAUUUAUCCUUUACCCUCUUCGUUCCCGCUUGGCUUCUUUUUGGGAAGCUCCUCUCCAGCCUUUACCCACGACCCUCUCGACUGCUUGAAUGACAAAACCGUAAUGCUGCUACAAGCCUUAUAAACAUGUUGUUUUUAGAGUCGGGAUUUACUUUCUCACUAGACAGCGUAGUUAGCGGAGUGAAACCGAGAGGUUUUUGAGCUGGGCAUCCAUUGCGGCUGGCAUAGAAGCGGAGAUUGGACUUCACUGAAGGACAUUUUGCUCGUCGCAUAGCGAGGUUUUCAUUUUUAGUAUCAGUGAACGCUUAAUUCUCAAAACCCCUGUUUGAGGGAGUUUUUUUGUCGGAUUAACCAGACGCCCUUCAGCGGCAGAAUGGUGCUUUGUCUUUUCUAAACAGCACAUGAAUUGUUUUUUUUUAACAUCAGUCUAAGCAUAAAACGAAUUUUUAUCAGAUAGCAUUUAACAGAAGCUUAUUGUACAGUGAGGCAUCCGUACAGUUUGUCUUUUAAAAUCGCGCGUUGUUCUUUUCCUUCCUUUCCGAAUUCUCUUUCCUUUCUUUCUUUUUGGUUUUGGCCAUGAAUGAAAAACCCGAGUCCCUGAGACAUGCAGUGUAGGUGAUGGAAAGCAUGCAGUCCAUGUCAACUGGAGAAGGGGGGGCUUUUUUUGAUGGACACUUUGGAUAAGUCAUGUGAUUUUAUUCACAGGGCAAUGGCGGACGCCCAUGUCUAUUACAGUGGAAUACAGAGAAUGUAGCCUGCCCCUAACAUGGACCCCCAAUCACAUGCAUUGCUAUAAAGGACUACAAAUACGGACCUUAAAGUGCGGAGCACGUGUGAGGAUUCACACCAAGACUUUUUCAACAGGACUACUGACGCGGACCCGAAAUAACUCGCAUGCACGAGCACACAUACACUGCGUAGGACAAACAGGAGGAAUCGGUCCAUGCGAAUGUACACGGCACUUGCGUUUCAAAGGACAGCGGGCGUCGCAGGAUUUUGUUGCGAGAGACGGCUACAGUUGCCGUGGACACAGUUGCUAUGGUGACUCUGACACACUACACUGACUUUACUAAAACAUCUAGUCCAAAUUACAAUGGCAUGUCUGGACUGGGAUAAAAAUGGACUUUAUAUAUGAUUUGCUGUAUUUGAUUUGAUUUUUUUCUUUCCAUCUUUCCUUUGUUUGUUUGUUUGUGGUUAAUGAUAUAAAAAUAAAUAUGCACAAUGUGAAUGGACUUAUUGCACUGGGCAACCAUGAAAUGGAAUCGUCUUGUGCCAAAAAUCACUAAGAAAUGGUUGUUGACAAUUGGCAAUGCCAUAUAAGAUUACUAUUCAUAUUGGCGAGGCAUUUUAAUGUUUAAUAGAGAACUAUAUUACCGUUACUGUUGCAA